AUGGAUACCCUCCUCCUCAGUCCGUCAUCCAUGGCUAAGCGACCUUGCCCUUCCCAAAACCCUAGACCCCCAAACCACCUCAACCUCCUUGACCGCGACCACCUCCUCGAGUCCUUCCUCGACUUCUCCGACUCGCCGCCCUUCGCCAUCGAUCUCUCCUUCGAGCGCAUCCUCGACUCCCGCGACUCCGACGCCGAUCAGACCAAGCUCAUCGAUCGCGCCUUGCAAUUGGGAUCGGUGCUUCUCGAGGCCGGUAAGCGAUCGGCGCGACGACGCGCUUCCAAGCACAACUCCGCCGCCUGGGCUCUCCCUCCUGACCUCACCAUCAAGGUGUUUUCCAUGCUGGACACUCAAAGCCUGUGCUAUGCCGCAGCUACUUGUUCAAUGUUUAAUAAAUGUGCCAUGGAUCCUUCUUGCUAUGCCAAUAUUGACUUGACAACGGUCGUCCCAAAAGUUAACAAUGCAGUCGUUUCUACAAUGAUUCACCGGGCAGGCAAUUUUCUCCAGUCUCUUAAGCUUGGUGUAGUAGUUCCAGGCCCGACGACGGCACUUGGAUCUUGUCAGCCCUUAGUUUAUACCAUCCGGAACUCUGUAGAUGUAUCCAACUUUUCAUGGAAUGAUAAGAGAUCCAGACAAGGAAAGGAGUCAUCAAUUCUUUCUAGAUCCUGUUUAAGCCCUCUUGGUGGGGACAGUGGUGUUCCAGGGGCUCUUCUGAGAAAAUUGCACCUUUACAAUAUCGAAAGAAUGGAUAAUGCAUCACUUUGUGGUGCAUUAGCGGCCUGUAAAUCUCUCAUUGAUCUGGAAAUUGUUGGCCUUCAUGUUGAAUUGAGGCAAACAUUGGUGUCGGUGAGCGCAAACUGUCACUUAAUUGAGCGUUUGUUCUUUGAAUCCUCUAAACAAGGUAGAGAUGACAGUUUGAAAUCACCAGCCUGUGUUGAGCUUGUAAAUAAUUGCCCUCAUGUAACAUCAUUAUCCCUCAGAGGUUUUAAGCUGCAUGAUUAUAAAGUUCGUAUACUUAUUAAGGGAUUUAGGAAACUAAAGUAUGUUGACUUUUCAACAUCUUACUCUAUCACUGGGUCAUUUCUGAGGAACCUUGGAAGCAACACAAAUGGAAAUCUGUUGGAAGUUGUGAUUUUACGGGAUUGCAUGCAUCUAAAAGUGGUGGAAGUUGAUCGAUUGCUGAAUGCGGUUCUUUCUGGGGAUUUCAAGCUCCUUAGACAUCUUGACAUAUCUAACAGGGAAGGCUUGGCAUCUGAGGGUGACUGGUAUUACGAAAGAUGCUACAGCAUGAGCCCCACUCCCUUAAAGCAGGUUCUGGAACAAAGGCCUCAUCUGUGCAUACUGGCCGAGUUUCCAUUAGAAGGAAGUUUUGCCGACAGCGAUCCCAUGUUUGACAGUGAGCCCUAUAGCGAAUGCAGUUUGCCAUCACAGAUGAGUGCUCAUUCCUCUGAUGGUUCAAUGUUUGUGAGUUUUUCUGGGAGUAGCUACAACAGUGAUCACGGUAGUGGCAACGAGGAUGCUCUAGAUGCUAGUUAUGUACUUUAUGAGGAAAGCUCGGAUGAGGUCUACUGACUGGGGAGGAGAACACUAUAUUGCAAAGAUUGAAUUUCCAGCCGCUUUCUUACAUAAGGUUCAUGCUGCUCAUAUAUCCCUCUGCUUUGACCCAAUGGGGGAGGGAACAGCUAUAUGAGAUGCAGCUCAACUGCAGAGGACAAUAUUGACCCGUGAACAGUGGCCGAUUGCCAUCUCAUAUAAGCCUGACGUCGCUGAACCUCAAAAACCCCAGUUUUGUAUAUGAAAGUCCAGCGCAGUACACCCUUCUAUCCAUUUGUUUUGCCCUUUUUCAAUCCUUGUUUUCUUUUAAUUAUGGGAAUGCUCUCUGUUCCCUUCAGAAUCCCGUACUAUAUUGAAGAUCCCCUUACUAGUGAUCUUAUUACCAUGUACCAGUAAAUCAUGAUAUGCACCAUAAAUUCUGUCGGAUAAAAUAUGAACUAUUUUACUUCUUCCAUC